AUGAAAGCCUCGCGGAAUAUAUCGUCUUCCGAGGAUGAUCCGCACGAAUUCCGGCUGCUUUCUCUCCCCGACGAGCUCCUAUCCCUAAUUCUCACCCGUCUGGAUCGCACGCACGAUCGCUGCAGCGUCGCUCUCUCCUGCUCCCGCCUCCGCCGCCUCUCCCGCCGCACGCCCCACUCGCUCCACCUUAAGUUUGUCUCACCCUCUCAGAAUCCCAACAGAAACGGGUGGUCCAAUAAUCUGGAUAGUUUCUCGAGGGUAUUUACCCAUAUUCGUGAGCUGACCGUGGAGGUUCGUUCGAAUCCGGCGGGAACGGAGCUGCUGGCAGGAGUUGGCGCGGCGUGCCCGAAACUGGAGCGGUUGAGUGUGGUGGGGAUAUGCACGAGUUUUUUCCUGAACGAUGCUGCUGCUUUGGCGAAGCUCGCGAAGCAAUGCCCCCUUUUGACGUCUCUCACUUUCGACUCCCCAUGGGAUCUUUGCAUGGUCGACAGGGAUAACAACAACCACACCUCCGUCCCUCCGUUCGAUGCCUUCCCCGCUCUCCACUCCCUCUCCCUCCGCCUCCCUGUCCCUCCUCUCGACGCCCUUCCCCGCUGCUCCUCCCUCACCUCCCUCACUCUCUGGAAACCCCACCCCUCCACCCUCUCCUUCCUCGCCUCCUCCUCCUCUGCCGUCCGCCCCACCCUCAACACCCUCAAUCUCGAAUUAGCCCAAUUAGUUUCCUGCCUCGCUCCCUCCGCCUCCUUCCCCUCCCUCUCCUCCCUCGGUUUCCGCUCCUGCACCAUCGAUCCCUGUGAGCUGCACGCGCUCUCUCGCUCCCUCCACACGCUCACCCACCUCGCCAUCCUCAACUGCCCCUUGCUCUCCAGCCACUCCCUCGCCACCCUUGCUCAAACCAACCCAGCUCUCUCCUCCCUCGCCCUUGCUCCACCACAUAUCACCUCUUCAGCGCACAAGGCCUCUGGUCUCUGCUGCACGCCCCUCUCCCGCACCUGCACACUCUCUCAUUCUCUGGGCUGCCCUCCUUCCGCCCUGGCAUGCUUGCUCGCUGCAGUGGGUUGCAGUCUCUGA